AAAGCUCUCUGGUCACAUGAUCAGUCAGCUGGUCUGCAGCAUAUCCGCCUGACCCGCUUCUGUUUACAAAUCAGCAGACAGUCCGAAAGACACAGCAGAAUGAGGAGUCCUGCGUGAUCUGAACAGAGUCACCCUUUUUCUUCUGAGUGUUGGCUGAGGAGAAUCACGAGGCUGUGACAGUCCCGCUGGGUCACGGUCAUGCAGCACCCCAAUUUCGAGACCCACCACCCGCUCCAGACAGAUGAGCAGCAGGAGACGGGCUUCGACCCGCUCAAUAAUUUCAACAAGAACCGCAGCAGAGGCUCUCUUGACAGCAGCACUUACUCACAGUCUCAGUCAACCUUCCUCUCGUACAGGAAAGAAUGGGACGACUUGUUCCUCAACAGUAAUUACCUGGCCAGGAUCCGGCAGGCAGGCAUCAACGGUCGACUGAGGAGCAGCCGCUUUCGGAGCGUGUGCUGGAAGUUGUACCUGGAGGCUCUUCCAGAAGACAAGGGUCAGUGGAUCAACAAGACCAAUGAGCUCCGGGCCCAGUAUGAGAAGAUCAAAGAGACGCACAUCACUAACCCUCGCAAGGCUGCAGGCCAGCAGGACCUGGUGGUCAACAAUCCGCUGUCCCAGGACGAGGGGAGCCUGUGGAACAAGUUCUUCCAAGAUAAAGACCUAAAGGGGAUGAUCAAACAGGACGUGUUGAGAACGUUCCCGGAGAUUCGUUACUUCCAGGACGACGAUGUGAGGACCAAGCUGACGGACAUCCUCUUCUGUUAUGCCCGAGAAAACGAACAGUUGCUGUAUAAACAGGGGAUGCACGAGUUGCUGGCUCCUAUAGUGUUUGUGCUGCACUGUGACCAUCAAGCCUUCCAGCAUGCGAGCGAGACGGCCAGCCCCAGCGAGGAGAUGAAGUGUCUGCUGGACCCAGAGUAUCUUGAGCACGAUGCCUAUGCCUUGUUCUCACAGCUGAUGGAGACAGCAGAGCCGUGGUUCUCCAGCUAUGAGAGGGAAGUGAGGAGGGGUAAGGAUGAAAUGCUGACCAGCAUCCCAUUCGCACGGCCACAGGACUCGGGGCCGUCUGUUGCAAUAGUGACCAAAGUGAACCGCAUCCAGGACCAGCUGGUGAAGAAGCACGACGUCGAACUGCACAUGCACGUCAACCGGUUGGAGAUCGCCCCGCAAAUCUACGGCAUCCGGUGGGUACGUCUGCUCUUCGGCCGUGAGUUCCCGCUCCAGGACCUGCUGGUGAUGUGGGACGCCCUGUUCGCAGACUGCAUCUCCCUGGACCUGGUGGACUACAUCUUUGUGGCCAUGCUGCUCUACAUCCGAGAUGCUCUCAUUGCAAGUAACUUCCAGACCUGCCUGGGCCUCCUAAUGCACUACCCUCCAUUAGGAGACAUCAACUCCCUGCUGCAAAAGGCUCUUUUCCUCCGAGACCCCAAAAACUAUCCACGACCAGUCAAUUACCAGUUCCAGCAGAACCUGGAUUACUACAAAACAAGAGGAGCUGACCUGAUGAACAAGACGCGCUCUGGUUCCAGUACAAAACCGGCCCCCCUUAACAUCAACAAAGUCUCCAGCAGCCUGCUGAGCUUCGGCAGGAAGCUGAUCGCUCCAGCAAUAUCGGGCGGGUCCGGUGGCAUCUCGCCAAUCAACAGCGAAGUACACUCCUCCUCCUCCUCCUCGUCAACCUCCCCCGCCAUGGCGCCUGCGCCCACAGUGCCUCACCCGCUGGCUGACCCCCCGUCAGGCCACGCCCAGCCGCAAACCCAGAGCCACGCCCAGCACUACCGUCUGCUCAAGUCCGAGAGCAUGCCUGUCCACCUCAGCAAAGAUGUAGUUUCAGGUGGACUGUCCCAGGUCUCUCUCCCAGCCCCGACUCGCACUGACACACCAGGCCACAGCUCCCGGACGUUCAGCUCCUCUCCCAGCAUAGAAAGCCUCUCUGGUGGGCGGGCUCAGUUCACCGCCUCCCCGCCUCUUCCCCCCUCCGUAGGGAGUGACGUCAGCACUUCAUCUCCGCCCCCCUCCGCCACCAAGAAAGACUCUUUCUUCACUCGUUCCCGCUCCCACAGCAAGUCCAUGGGCAAGAAGGAGUCGGAGGAGGACCUGGAAGCCCAGGUAUCAUUCCUGCAGGGCCAGAUCAAUGACCUGGAGGCCAUGAGCAAAUACUGUGCCAAGAUGAUGAACAAUCACAUCUGUAAAAUCCAGGAAGUGAUUCUUCAAGAACAUCUGGAGAAAGAAGACGAGGUCCUGGUGUCACUGGCUGGACUCAAACAGAUCAAAGACAUCCUUAAGGGGGCGCUGCGCUUUAACCAAAGCCUGCUGGAGGCCGAGGAGAACGAGGAGAUCGCCAUCGCUGACGAUCACUACACCUCCACAGCGGCCGCUGAAACGGCUCUCAAUGCCAUCAAUAACCUCGGUGACCACCAACAACAAGGAAACAGCGGUCAGAGCCGGGACUCUGAUCUGGACGGGAGUGUGAGCGCAGAGGAGGAGGAGAAGGAAGAGGAGGAGAAGGAAGAGGAGGAGCAGGCGGUGACCCCACCUGAGCAACAGGUGGGGUCUUCCCUCGGCUCCGAGGGUAAGAACUGGGACGACUACAUCCUCGUGUGUCAGGAUGGAGACCUGGCGACCGCUGAGGGAGGAGGAGGAGGAGGAGGAGGAGGAGGAGGAGGAGGAGGCGGAGGCGGGAGGGCUGCAGCCGAGCGCACCCCUCCGAUCAGACGAGGGCGUGGCUUGGUGCGAAUGGACCCUGAGGGAGCCGCCGGGACCUUCCAUGACCCACUGAUGGCCGGCACCGCCUCGGGCUCUACCAGCCCAGACGAGGGCUCCACCCACAGCAAGGACUCUGACUUCACCAUCGUCAACCCGAACGACCUGUGAACGAGCCAACCACCCCUCCUUCUGCCUCUCUUAUACCCGCAUCACAUCCCAUUCACAGGAUGUGAUUAAAAUUAAAAUAAAUAAAAAAUAACAACUGACUUGAGAUCAGAGGGUGGAAUCCGCAGUUUUUGGUGGAGCACCGCUGGAGCUGCCGUCGGCUAAAAAUAAUUGCACAUGUGGACUGUGACACUUCCAGUCACAAAUACCUUAUACUCUGUCUCUUUACCUGUCAUCUGUGCCACUUCAGUCCUGUCUAUGUUGAUGCUGUAAGCUGUCUCAUUUACAUAAUGCCUGUCUUCUCAUCAUGUUGGGUCCUGUCACUCAUGAUAUUUAAUUGUAGCGCCCUGCUCUACACAGAGAGGGCGCCAUUGCCACUGUCCAUUGCCCUGUCACUACAUGAUUACUCUGAAGAGUUGGACCUCAAACUGCAAUUUCUAUACGGAGGGCGGACUCGCUCCUGUCGAGCUCACUGCAUUGAUCGGGAGCUCGAUACUCUGCUUCUCCUGAAUGUGGAGAUCUGGCCGUACCUCCGCGUGUGGUAUGUCUGUAUGUCUGUAUGUCUCUGUCCUCACAGAGGAAGCUCUCUUCUGAUGCGCAAAGGAAAGAAGGACGAUGUCCUCCUGCCAGUUAUCGAGGACAGCUUCCUCUCCCUCCUAAACCAGUGCCUCUGAUCAUUAUUCUUCUCUCAACCAAACAAAACCUGACUGUGAUCUUUUUGUUUUUUUGUUAACGUUUUCUUUUUUUUAAGUUUUAAGAAAAUGUUUUUAACCCUUUUAGUUUAGUUUCCUGGAUGAAAACUAUUAAAUUAUGGAGUCGGUCUUUCUUUUUUUUUCUUCCCUUUUUUUUUUUUUAUUGAUUCUAAUGUGGACAUUUUAAUGUGGUAAUUGACUGUUUUCAUUUCUCACAUUACGAUUGAGUUGUUCUCGUGUCAAUGUAAAGCAGCGCACACAAAAAAUGUCCCCGAGCUGCCCAUUCAGCAAAAUUAACUCAAGACCAAUAAAACUACAUCGCUCUUGCUACA